CGCGUCUGCCUGAUCACGGUCUCGACAGGUACCAUUCAUGCUCGACGUGACCUGUGUAAUUACGCAGAAGACCAACUGCUCAGAGAUCUGAGUAAGUGAUUGCGGAGAAUUCAUUUCCAUCUCCCAGGAAAGACACAUUACGGAUAGGAGGCUUUUUGGACGAAGGCGCAAGGGUUCUCGAAUUGGCCGUCGCCUUUAAAAGUUGUUUCCCUCAUUCUUUGAACUUUGCAAAGCGAUACCCGAUAUUAGAAAUGGAGCAGCAAGGACUCCAAGAACUACAACAAGCUGUCAAGACGCAGACACUUGAGCUUGAGUAUGAGCGACGAGCGAAAGACGUCGACGCGAUUGAGAGAGAAGAACAACAGAGGAGACUGCGACUUAGUUUUCACCUGCUGGAAGACCAGAAUGACGAUUUGAAGGGCAAACUUGCUCAGAACGAUGAACGAUUCAAGGAAUUAGAUGGACAAGCAGAAGAGCUACGUCAGCAGUUGCAAGAGCUCACGGGAAAGCUGCGACAAAGCGAAGCUGAGUUGCGUGGGAAAAUCCAGGAGCGAGAAAAUCUAAUGGCAGAACUGGAAUCCUUAAAUGGAGCAUCCAAAAAGUCUACGAAGCUACUGACCGAAAAGCUUUCCCUAGAGAGGGAGCUCGAAACAUUAAAGCCUGAAAUUGACCAUCUCCGAUCCCAGGCAGCUAGCCACCAAUCCUCUCUUGCUGAAAAGCUGGCUCUGCAAAGAGAAUUAAGCACGGUAAAAGUUGAGCUGGAAGCGGAGAAGAACGCAACCCAGCGUGCGCUGGCCCAAGAAAAGAAGGAUAAGUUGCAGGAUGAGGUAUUGAUACUGCGAGAGGAGAUUGAACAACUUCGACAAAGCAUGACGAAGGAAGAGCGCGAAAGAUUGUCUCUGGAACGAGAACUGAGCGCAGCACGGAAAAGUUUAGAAUCGGAGCGCCGUGCCAUAGAGAAGAUCUCGGCAAGGGAGGAGAAGCUCAAGGCAAAGGACGCAGAUAUUUAUGCUCAAUUGGAGCUUCUCCGCGACGAGCUUGCAAAAGAAAAGCAAGAAAAGCAGACAGUGCAGAAAGAGGUCGACUCUUUGCGGGAGGAGUUACGUAUGGAAAGACGGGCUGGCGAGCGGGCGGCAUCCAAAAAGGAUAAAGCCGAUGCGCAAGACACCGCCUUGCAGGCGAAGAUCAACGAGGCUCGAGAAGAGCUUUCCAAGGAGAAACGUGAACGGCAAAGAGCCGAAAGAGAAGCUCAGAAGGCUCGGUACGAGUGGGAGGUCAAAGAGGGUAUGCUUGAGACAAAAUUGGAUGCAUUUCGCACCAAAUUACGGUCUACAAAAGAGCAGCUCAAGGAAGCUCAAGCUGAUCUUCAGCAAACAAAGCUGACAGUCGCCCAAUCUACGACGCGUCCUGCUAAAGAGGAAAAGAGCGGGAAGAUGUCAAAACCUGGCAGAAAGGCUGCCACUGCUCACUUCGAAACUGAUGCCAUGAUUGGCACUCCUGGAGGACCAACCCAGGGAAACAAACCUGAAAGGAGAGUCUCCGCCAUGCCAGGGGAGAAGUCUACUUUCUCCAUCACACCCUUCCUCAAUCGCACAGCGAGCAUUUUGCCCGACACACCCGUUCAUAACGAGGAAGAUGGGUCCGACGAGGACCAGGAAAACCAGGAAGAGAGUGUGAGAGUUGCCGAGCUGGAAAAGGAGCAGGAGAAUUCACCGAUUGUCAUCUCCAAGGCAAAGAAAACCAGCAAGCAAACUACCACGAAGCCAAAAGUUUCAAAAACUGCGAAGCCAUCCGCGACGAAUAAUUCGAAGCCCUCAAAGGCUGGCAUCCGCAAACGAACACUCGCUCCUCCAGCUCUUGACGGGGUCGCAGAAGAAGAGCUGGAAGAUGGUCCGGAAAACGAAGGCAACGAGGAGAAUAUCCCUCCAGCUGGAGUUGGUGAAGUCAUGGAUUCGAAGCUGGUGAAGACGGAUAUGAGUUCAAUGAAUAUCACGGUCAACAGUGAAGUUGAACCAAAGAAAAAGAAGCGAAAGAUGCUCGGAGGUGGGAAGACCUUAUUCGACGAAGACGACGGAGAAGCUGUGCGAGCAAAUAAAAAGUCGUUAUUGGGAGGUCCCAAAGGUCUCGGCCUCGGGAAAGGAGGAUUAGCAGGACCAAAGGGCGCGCUGCGGGGUAGUCUUGGAGGUGCCGCAGGCUUUGGAGGUUUUUCACCCUUGAAAAAGGACAGAAAAUCUGGAUUGGUUUGAUUCAGCCUUUUGAAGCUAUCAGUCCUGGAUGUUUACUUGGGAGUUUUCAGUGCGGCUGGGUUUAGGGGCGUUUUUGAUUGGUCACAUGGUUGUGUAAAUGCCGUUGGGUUGAUUUAUCAUGUUUCUAUCUUGCGUUUUCUUUUUCUCCUUUUCAUUUUCAUCAGCAGGCAGUUUCAAUACCUCCUUACCCCUUUCAAAUGUACAGCCAUGAUUGUGAGUUUCAAUUAUCUGCCUUUUCAUUUGACAAAACCUGAAAGAUGCAGUCUCAGAGCGCAUUUGCAACAUGUGUAAUCUACCACUCUAAGGAACAGAAAUUGUGCGGUUGUAACCAUCGGCUUCAAUGUUUGUGCAGACAUUCCAUGUCAGAUUUGAGGAAGGACUAUUAUAAUUAGCUUUAGUACACACUAUAGUUAAAC